CACCGAUCCAAGUCAAAGGCACACAAGUCGACCAUGACCCGCGAGUCUAUCGAUACCUCUCCACGCACCUACAACUUGGACUCACCGCACACGGACAACGAGUCUGCAAUGGACCAGGCGAGCACCACCAGCGAGAGCAGCGCCACAGACAGUUGCGGGACUCCGGAUCGUCCUCGCGUAGCCCUGAUCACAGGAAUCACGGGGCAGGACGGUUCGUAUCUGAGUGAACUGUUGCUAGCCAAAGGCUACACGGUGCACGGACUCGUUCGUCGGUCCUCGAACUUCAAUACGGCACGACUAGAGCAUUUGUACCGAGAUCCGCAUGACCACGGCGUCCGGUUCUUCCUGCACUACGGAGACCUCACCGACUCGUCGAAUUUGUGCCAGAUCGUUGCACGUGUCCGUCCAGACGAGGUGUACAACCUGGGAGCAAUGUCCCAUGUCAAAGUCUCGUUCGAAUUGGCCGAAUACACUGCAGACGUCGAUGCUAUAGGCGCUCUCCGACUGCUCACAAGCUUACGAACUUGUGGUCUCGAGCACUCCACGAGGUUCUACCAAGCGUCUACAAGUGAGCUGUACGGUAAAGUACUAGCCACCCCACAAGACGAGAGCACGCCAUUUCAUCCGCGUUCACCGUAUGGAGUGGCAAAGCAGUUCGCUUACUGGAGUGUAAUAAACCAUCGCGAAGCUUACGGAAUGUACGCCGUUAACGGGAUUCUAUUUAACCACGAGAGUCCUCGACGUGGACCUACUUUUGUCACUCGUAAAAUCACUCGAGCGGUGGUGCGUAUUCGCGCUGGCAUCGAAAGUUGCCUCUUCGUAGGCAACCUCGAUGCCAAGCGCGACUGGGGCCACGCUCGAGACUACGUGGAAUGUAUGUGGCGAAUGCUACAGCACGACACUCCUGAGGAUUUCGUGGUUGCCACGGGCGAGUGUCACAGUGUGCGGGAGUUCAUAGAGCUCGCAUUUACCCACGUAGGCUUGACGAUCGCAUGGAAGGGCCCUCGAGGCUCCAAGGACGAAGUUGGAGUCGUCGCUAACGGUGACGAACCACACGACGCGGACGUGCAGCGUGUGGUCGUUCGGGUCGAUCCAGUGUAUUUCCGACCCGCAGAGGUGGAGCUUCUAUGUGGCAACGCCUCCAAAGCCCAGCGCAAACUUGGCUGGAAGCCAACAAUACGAUUCCGAGAACUCGUGGCUGAAAUGGUCGCAUCGGAUGCGCGUGAAUUGCACCGAGAAACCUACGGAGACAGGAAAUACGACGCACUCCAGUAA